AGGAAGAUCAGCACAGGGCAACAGUUGUUGCUGCUUAUUGUUGUGACUGCAGCACUUGACAUCUGCAUUUCGUGACUCACAAUUAUUUCACCUGUCUAUGAAUAUUCAUGGUUUCAUGUUCCCAUCUUUCCCAACAGGAUCUUUGCUUCAUCUUGAUGCACGUCAACAAAGAGGCUGGCAGCAUCGGAGCUUUACUUAUCAACAUGACGACUUUGGGUGGACGGAGCGGCUGCUUUUUUUACAUCUGCAAAGAGCAAGAUUUAAUAAGCAGUAGAACUAGUUUGUCAUGCUAUAGCGUCAUCAAGUUCCUAUUCUGCGUUCAGACCGUCAAUAGAACAAAAUCUGAGGAAACGGUUAGUUUCUCUGCUGACAGCCAACUGACAGGAAGGAACAACUACAAAGCUGUCACCCAACAUUUUUUUUUUACCACCUUUAUCUUCAAUAUCUUCAACAGCGUUAAAAGCUUUUGUCCUUGUAGCUUUGUUUAAUUAUAAACUACAUGCUGGCAAAAAGGGGGAACUAGAGCUUAGCAACAACACCCCCUCCCUUCUCUUCUUUAGCACAAUAUCCUCUUUUGGACCCAACCAGCCCCCGUUUUUCUUCCAUCUCUUUGGUUUAAGUGUGGCGCGCGCACACACACACAGCAGGGAUGAUUGUCUGGGCAGAUGGUGCUCAGUUUGUGGACUAGAAGCUGAGACGGAAGGAGAGAGACACACUCCUUGUCCAACAUGGGAUGCUGCAGUGUGACCCAGAGGCAUACUGGGGUGGACGAGGUGGGCCCUGAUGAGAUCGAGCUCCUGGAACUCUCUGGAGACAAUUUAGGGGUGUGGAGUCUGGGAGAGACCAGACUUCAGCUGUCAGUGAGAACCAGCAGAGAUGAGCCUCCCCCGCCACCGCCGCGUUACCCUUCAGUACGUCACCUGGAACAACAGGUGGUACUGUGGGGCAGAAGCAGAGACGAGUUACACCACAAGAUUUACUCCCAUCAGCCAAUCAGGGAGUGGGAGGGUCAACCUGCCCACAUGUAUGGCGAGAUCAUCCACUCCUCCCUGGUGUCUGACUACAACACCUACACACAGGAAACCAGGGAACACUUCCUGGUGUUAUUCUAUUUCCACCUCUUGAUCCUUUCACUGGACCACACUCGACAAGACUUCGUUUAUGAGGGUAUCCUUCCCCUUUCUGGACUUUCCUUGGAAGCCGUCUCCAUGGACCCUAAAACGUCACAUUCACCGCACAUGUUCAAGAUCAGCGGUCCAAUGAUGGACUCCAAAGUCUUCAUAUGCUCCAAUUCUGUAGAGCUACAGAAAUGGAUGCAACACAUAGAAGACAGGAGAUACAAGUCAAUAGCACAACCCAUGAGUCCCUCCCACUGCGCUCUCUCCUAUCUUUUACCCUGUGAUGAGCACUGGAAAAGAGAAGAACUGAAUAAGUACUUACUACAAGCUCCCAUUUGGCAGUGGGAGGGCUCGGCGAUACAGCACAUGGGUCAGCCGGGAUACAUAUCUAUCGUACAUAUCACCAAGACACAAAGACAGGGACCCCAAGAAAGAUUGAUGGUUCUCUUCCCUCAAGACAUCCUGCUGCUGACAGUUGACAACAAGCGCCUAAAUAUAAGAUAUGAGGGCAGGUUGCCCCGAUACAGCAUUAAAGCAGUUGAGAAGUCCGCCUCGCCUGGACGCCUGGAGUUUGAGCUCAUAGGUGAGCUGGUGGAGCCCCUGCAGGUCUCCUGUACCUGUGUGGAGGAUUAUCGUAAUUGGAUGUUUCAAUUACAACAGCCAGACAGAAACAGUCAUGUUGCUGUGAGUCACACUGCACCUCCGAUCAUGCCAAAGCUGCAGAGGAGCAGGAAGGAGACCCAGGAACCGACGAGACCUGCCAACCAAUGCGGCAUCAACGGCCGCAGCUGACUCAUCCGAAUGUGGAAAAGCUAGGCUUUUAUUAUGAAUCUGCAAUAACAUGUAGACGGUGUGUACAUAGGACUGUUGUGUAUGACGGGGCCACAAAAAUGAAGAAAAAAAAAAUAACGGAAGCAGUUUGGCAUCGUUGAAAUGUUGACGCACACUAUUGAAAUGUAUGGUUUUGUUGCACUGAGGAACUAAAAAGACACUUUUAGUUCCCUUCCACGGAGGAGUCAAACAUCAAGGUUGUGGCCAGAGCACAGCUAAAAAUGUAGUCUGUAGAGGGUUACUUAGUGAAGAAAAUAGUACUAAAGCAACUGUACAUAUUUAGCUGUCAUGUCUUUAUGAAAUACACAAUGUCCAUUUCCACA